GGGGAUCUGCGGGGAACAGAUGUGACAGAAAUGUCUGGUUUUUGGAACAAGUUUAGCUCGUACUCGAUGACGCAGCUCAAUGAAAUGCUUGAAGAUGAUGACAAACUUAACAAAAUUGUCCAAGAAAUGGAAGAGAUGCAGGAGGUGCAGCAGACCAAGGAGAGGAUCCUGGCCAGUAACCGGAGCCUGGCAGAGCAGAAUCUUCAACUGCAGCCAAGACUUGAACACCAGAAGAGCCAGCUCACCAAACGCUACAGCUCCCUACAGGAGAGCUUCGAGGCCUACCAGGUCCACAAGUCCAAACUAGACCACACCUCUGGGAACAGUUCAUUGGACACAUUGCUAGCUCUACUGCAGGCAGAGGGAGCCAAGAUUGAAGAGGAGACAGAGAACAUGGCUGACUCCUUCUUGGACGGCGACGUCACCCUGGAUACCUUCAUAGACUCGUACCAGAGCAAGAGGAAGCUGGCCCACCUGAGGAGGGUGAAGAUUGACAAGCUGCAGGAGAUUGUGCUGAAGGGCCAUCGGCUGCCUCAGGUGCCUGUCUCUUGCUGCCAUCCCCAGGAGGUAUCAGCCAGGCCAGCCCCCCUCUACACAGAGGCCAACGACCACAACCACUCCCCUGUGCCCCAGCCCAGGAGAGCCCCCCCUCCCCCUCCAGCCCAACAACCCCCAGCUGUAGCCCCCCAGCCCCAGCCUGCUGUCAUCCCCUAUCCUGUCACCCCAUACCCCCCUAUCCCCCCCAGGGCAGGCCACCCUUUGCCCAGUGUCAACCCUGACUACCCGCACCCCUUCAUGUCUCAGUGCCCCCCUGCCCUGCCUCAGAGGCCUCCCCCUCGCAUGGCCCCACAGUCUGGCUUCAUGAUUCAGUAGUGAAGGGGCCACAGUGAAGGUACAGUACAUGCAGUGAACUUGCAUUGCAGUCUCGCUGGAACUAUCUUCUGUGUUGUGUCAGGCUGUGAGCCUCUAUGAAUAUGGCACAAUGUAACGCAAAGGGGGUCGAUUGACUUCGAUUGAUGGCUGGUCUGGGCAUGUUCAACUGAAAAACAGAAUUGAGUUUGAAUUUGCACUCUUCUCACCAGAAUCAGCACUCCAUUGCUACAACACCCCAGAAAGGACUUGACUGACCAGUGCUUGCGUCUGCAAAGCAAAAUCUCUCAGCGACAGGGCUUUAGAUGUAGUCUAAAGUUUAUUUAACUGGCCUCAUAAGACUGGACAUCACCCCAGUCAGAUGAGGCCUGUUUUAUCAGCACUUUAUCCCCGACAGACAGUCCAUGCCCCUCAGGUGUGUGUCCUCAGUCCUCCCUCUCCUCCUCCACCUCUUCUUGCCCCUGUUACAGUGAAGGUGCCUCUCAACAUCUGUCAUCUGUGGUGUCUAAAGGGAAUGGGGACUAGAGCCAUUCAUUGUUUUUCAUUUGAUCUACAGUGUCAUUUAAAUUUGUUGUUUUUAUAUUGUGUAACCAGAGACUUCACAGAAGAGGAUGGUAAAUCAUAUGCAAAAUAAACAGAGACCUUAAUGUGCUGUUAAAAAAUAUAUAUAUUUCCCAAGUAUACAGUGGGGAGAACAAGUAUUUGAUACACUGC